GUGAACGCUUCAAAACAAAAUCGUGUUCGGUAGAAAGUUUCUUCAUUUGUGAUUGAAAUGAUCGAAGAACACGACGAACACGAGACAAUAUGCGACUCGGUGAAUUCGCUGGUUGAAGGCUGUCGUUUACCGGUUAGAAUGCAUGGAACGGAUGAUUGGCCUCUUGCUGAAAUCAUCAGUGUUAAAGACGUACAUGGUGUCAAGUGUUAUUAUGUUCACUAUGUAGAUUUCAAUAAACGAUUAGAUGAAUGGGUUAUGGAAGAUUGUUUGGACACUAGGAAAGUCCAAUACCCUCGUCGAGAUGGAACCACACCAGGAACUGGUGCAGCAACCCCAAAAAAACAAGCACCCAGUAGACCUCCUAGCCCUAGCAGCCUUAGUAACGAACCGGUUAAUGGUUCAGCAGUAUUGCAAGCUGCGUUACAAAAGAAAAUGUGUAGAAAAAGAAAGGCAACGUUUAUAGAAAACGAAGACUCUCAGGAUGGCACACCGCAAACGCCUGGUCCAAGGCCGACUGGUUCAUUGGUUGCACAUCAUCACGAUGAUAUAGUUACUAGAAUGAAAAAUGUUGAACUGAUAGAAUUAGGUCGUCACAGAAUAAGACCUUGGUAUUUUAGCCCUUAUCCGCAAGAAAUGGUAAAUCUACCGUGUAUAUAUAUUUGUGAAUUCUGUUUGAAGUAUAGAAAAAGUCGAAAGUGUUUGGAACGACAUUUAGCAAAGUGCAAUUUAAGACAUCCUCCUGGCAAUGAAAUAUAUAGAAAAGGCUCAAUAUCAUUUUUUGAAAUUGAUGGCCGAAAGAAUAAGAAUUACGCACAAAACCUUUGUCUACUAGCAAAAUUAUUUUUAGAUCAUAAAACGCUUUACUAUGAUACGGAUCCUUUCUUAUUCUAUGUAAUGACAGAUUUUGAUAGUAGAGGAUUCCAUAUAGUUGGUUAUUUUUCAAAAGAGAAAGAAUCGACUGAAGAUCAUAACGUAGCUUGUAUUCUUACACUGCCACCCUAUCAAAGAAGGGGUUACGGAAAAUUGUUGAUAGAAUUUUCUUACGAACUGUCCAAAUUCGAGGGUAAAACAGGUUCACCUGAAAAGCCACUGUCAGAUUUGGGAUUGCUGUCUUAUAGAAGUUACUGGGCGCAUACUAUAUUGGACAUUUUGUUGAAUAUAAAACCAUUAGUAGAAAACGAGAAGCCUCAGAUAACGAUAAGUGAGAUAUGUGAGCUGACGUCGAUUAAGAAAGAAGACGUGAUAUCGACGCUUCAGAACUUGAAUCUCAUUAAUUACUACAAAGGACAAUAUAUUGUGACAUUGAAUAGGGAGAUUAUCGAGCAACACGCAGCAGCAAUGGAAAAGAGGCAAAUCAGAAUAGAUCCUAAGUGUCUUCAUUGGACACCAAAAGACUGGAGUGUUAGGGCAAAAUGGUGAAGUGACGUUCAAAAUUGACAAUAAGACUAUGCUAAUUUGUCUUGAAGUUGUUUUCAGGAUCCCUGGAAGUGUGACUAUUGUACGAUUAUCGAAUGUACAAAAACUGUACAUAACACAUCGACCGGUACGGUCUGCGUUUUUUAAUAAGACUGUGUCAGACAUUGCACGCGAUUGCAAUGGUCUUAGACGACGACGGAAAAACGGGGGAAAUAAAUGAAAAUGGCAGAAGUAGUGAUAGUUUUCACGAAAGCACGCGUAUCUCGGAGCCAUGAUUAGCGAUACUUUACGUGAUAAGUGAACUAUAUCUGUUAAACGAUACACACUGGCUUACGUCUAGAGUCAGAAGCAAUGUUUUAAUAUGGUGACUAGAAUUUUUUAAAUGGUUCGCAUACGUCAUUGCGAUUCAACGAUUUGUACAGGAAUAUAAAUCGGUCUUGUAGAAUUGUAAAUAAAUCUGAUUUUAUAACGUGCGCCUCAUUCUCUGCGAAUUACGAACGCGAUCUAGUUUUAAAGUAACACAGCGUUACGGGACGUCGAUCGAAGCGAUGAAGCUUGCGUAUAAAGGAUGUGUGUCCUUUUUCAAAUUAAGCGAAACUGACUAGUACAACGCAGAAGUUGUAUGCACGCAAUUAUUCGCACAACUGUGCACACACACACACACACCCUCGAAACACGUAUUAGCCGAUAUUCGAAUAUUACAGACGGAUGGUAAUCGAGAAACUGUCGUCGAGGAAAACGUAUAAAACUAUAAAUAAAACGUAAUAAUAUUAAUAAACUAGAGUAAAAGAGAGACUCGAAGAGAGGCAGAAAGGCAGGAGAAGGAAAGUGGAUGGAAAGAAGGGAGACACGUUGAAAAUAAUCGGAUUCACUUAAUCGCAUCGCAUUCAGCAAAACAAUGAGCUUUCGUUCGGGAUUGUAAUUAUCAGCGGCUGUGUUUAAUCAAGUGCAAAAUGUCCGAGCAUAAAUCAUCCGUCUGAAUCCGAUUUCCAAGAUUGUUCUACCAAAACGAAGAGUUACCUAUGAGCUGCGAAAUAAAAAAUUAUUUUUCUCUGAAAGUGUGUAUUUUUGAUAGCGUCGAAACGAUACCAUUAGCUAGAAACCAGC